AUGUGGGGGUUCCAACCACGCCAAUGGACCUCUCUAGUCCUCCUCUUACCACUUCUGGUUAAAGGAGAGGAGAUCGUUACCUGUACCACUUUGGAUACGAUCGAGAACGGAUCUUUUGAAGAUGGAUUCAAUGACUGGGCAUUUGCCUCACUCACCACUGGCGCGGUAGUCAGUGGAGAUGGAGCGGAUGGCUCACACUACCUCGAGGCGUCCAACACCGAGGCGGAGGGGAUAUUGAUCUACCAGCGUCUCUAUAACCUGGUGGCAGGAAACACCUACGACUUUUCCGUUGAUUAUCGCGUUAUUCCUAACUCGGGCGAUUAUUCGAUGACCUGCCGAGUGGAAAUGAUCUUGAACACAUUCGUCUCUCCUUUCGCUGAUAGUGGCUAUUUCACAGUUUCUAGCCAAACCUAUGGCUGGACCACUCUCUCUAAGUCAUACACCGUUGCCGCAUCCGGAGAAAAUACUUUUGAGAUCUAUGCCUACUGCGUAGAUUCUAAUAGGAACUAUCUUGGCGCAGCCAUUGAUAUCGACAACAUUGUCAUUUCGGGACAGGCAGCUACUACCUGUACUACUGUGACUCGUACCGGUUGUGGUGUCAUCCUCCGUGGUGGGAUUGUCUCCCAUAGCAUCAUCGCCCGCAUCUUCAUCAUCGCCUGUAUCACGUUCCUCUUCGGUGGAUCCGGUCCUGGUGAGUCACAGUACACAACCUCUACGGUCCUGACCACUCGCACUGCAACUAUCACUGCCUGUCCAUCCAGCGUAACCGAUUGCCCUGCUCGCCAGAAGACUACUUAUGUCACCACAGAGACAAUCAUCGACUAUACUACUAUCUGCCCCGUGACUGCUGCCGAAGCUACUGAGACCCCAUCCAGCAUUACCAACACUGCUUCUACUGCUACCGCUACUGGUGUUGAUGCCGUUGGUGCUGGCGGUGAAGGAGAAUACACCACUUCCACUGUUUUCAGCACUCGCACAGCUACCAUCACUGCUUGUCCAUUGAGUGUGACUGAUUGCCCUGCUCGUGAGAAGACUACUUAUCUCACCACCGAGACUCUUGUUGUUUCUACCACUAUCUGCCCGGUGACCGCAGCUGAAGCAAGCGCUACUGCCACGACUGCUUCUAGCUCUGGCUCUUCUAGCUCUGGCUCUUCUAGCUCUGGCUCCUCCAGCUCUGGCUCCUCCAGCUCCUCUGGAUCCUCUGGAUCCUCUGGUUCCUUGGGUUCCUCUGCCUCUGGCUCUGGCUCUGGCUCUGGAUCAACUGGUACUGGAUCGACUGAUACUAGCUCCUCUGGCUCUGGAUCAACUGACACUAGCUCGACUGGCUCUGGCUCGACUGGUACCUCUGGCUCGACUGGUUCCUCUGGCUCUGGAUCUACAGGUUCUGGCUCUACUGGCUCUGUCUCCGGAUCGACUGGUUCUGGCUCUACUGGCUCUGUCUCCGGAUCGACUGGUUCUGGCUCGACCGGUUCCUCUGGCUCGACCGGUUCCUCUGGCUCGACCGGUUCCUCUGGCUCAACCGGUUCCUCUGGCUCAACCGGUUCCUCUGGCUCAACCGGUUCCUCUGGCUCAACCGGUUUCUCUGGCUCAACCGGUUCCUCUGGCUCCACUGGCGCCUCUGGAACUGGGUCGACUGGCUUCUCUGACACCGGCUCAAACUCCGGCUCCCUUCCUUCCACCAAGAUUGUUGGUGUUGGAGCAACCAGCCUGAUUCCCACCUCAGUGCCAAAGUUCACUUCUGCCCCGUGGUACAAAUCGACCGUCACCAAGGUCGCGAGCUCUUCUGCCCUUCCUGCCGCUUCGGCUAUUUACCAAGGCGGAUCCGGUUCAUCGACUACAAGCUCCAGUGGACCCAUUUACACCGGUGGUGCUGUUUCACGAAAUGGUAUCUUCUCGGCAAGCUUGGCUUCGGCCUUUUCGCUCUUUGUAGCCUUCGUUUUUGUUCUCUAG